CCUUUGCCACCGGAACCAUAUUGCAAGAACCAAGUCAGCAGAGAAAGGAGGUGGGGGACGCACCUCUUCUUUAACCCAAACAUCCACACAAGUGAGAUUUUGGGAAGCAAAAAAAAAAAGAAGAAGCUAAUGGCGGCUUCUAUCGAAAGCUUGGGCACUUCUUUGAUCCAAAGAUUGCCUCUCCUUCCUUCCUCGAGCUCUCGAAUUUUUCGAGGGGAGCAGAGCAACCUCGGCUUCCAACCUGCUCUGUUUCCGUUGACACAAAGGAGUCUUCAUAGGGUGAAUAGAGCUGUGAGAGCUCCGGUGGCGGCGGCGGUCACAGAGAAAGUGGUGAAGGUGGUGGCAGAGAAGCCAGUGAGGUUUAAGGUUCGGGCAGCGUUGACGGUGAGGAAGAAGAAAGAGGAGGAUUUGAAAGAGAAGAUUGCAAGCCAGCUCGAUGCCUUCUCGGAUAAGAUUGGAAGGAACGUCGUUUUGGAGCUCGUCAGCACCGAGAUCGAUCCAUGGACACAAAAGCCGAAGAGAAGCAACAAGGCAGUGCUUAGGGACUGGUUUGAGAAGAAGAAUGUGAAGGGGGAGAGGGUGGUGUACACAGCUGAAUUCAUGGUGGACUCCAGCUUCGGCAUGCCGGGAGCCAUCACGGUGCUGAAUCGGCACCAGAAGGAGUUCUUCUUAGAAAGCAUCGUCGUCGAGGGCUUCGCCUGUGGUCCUGUCCACUUCUCUUGCUACUCCUGGGUCCAACCCACCAAAAUUCACCCCAGCGAGAGGGUCUUCUUCAACAACAAGCCAUAUUUGCCAGCAGAGACACCUCCUGGUCUGAAGGAACUAAGGGAGAGGGAGUUGGAGGAGCUAAGAGGCGACGGAAUGGGCGAGAGGAAGCUCACUGAUAGAAUUUACGAUUUCGAUACUUAUAAUGACUUAGGCAACCCUGACAAGGGAUUCGAGUACGCAAGGCCGAUCACCGGAGGAGACAAAAUGCCAUAUCCAAGAAGAUGUAGAACAGGGAGGUCCCCAACCAAUACAGAUGUGCAUGCAGAGAGCAGAAGGGAGUAUCCCUCGCCAAUAUAUGUGCCUCGUGAUGAAGCAUUUGAGGAGGGUAAGCAAGAGAUGUUAUCGGCCGGUGCACUGAAAGCAUUGCUCCACAACCUUGUGCCAUCUUUCGUCGCAUCCAUUUCUCCGGAGAGCCAUGACUUCAAGGCCUUCCACGACAUCGACAACCUCUUCAAAGAAGGCCUUCGCUGGAAGAAGACCUUGCAGGACCAACUCUUCCAUAAGAUUCCAUUUGUGAGCAAGAUUGAAGAGUCCAGCGAGGCCCUGCUCCGAUUCGACACCCCGGACAUCAUAACAAAGGACAAGUUUGCGUGGCUGCGAGAUGACGAGUUCGCUCGGCAGGCACUCGCCGGCAUUAACCCCGUCAACGUAGAGAGGCUUCAGGUGUUCCCUCCUGUUAGCAAGCUCGAUCCCACCAUAUAUGGUCCUCCUGAAUCUGCCAUCAAAGAGGAGCACAUUAUUGGCCAUCUCGGUGGCAUGUCAGUCCAACAGGCAUUGGAGGAGAACAAGCUAUUCAUGUUGGAUUACCAUGAUGUUUACCUCCCAUUUCUUGACCGGAUCAAUGCCCAAGAUGGGAGGAAAGCCUAUGGCACAAGAACUCUAUUUUUCCUCACUCAACUUGGGACUCUGAAGCCAAUAGCCAUUGAGCUCAGUCUCCCACCAGCAACCCCUGGUUGCUCGAGAGCGAAACGUGUCCUCACACCACCCACCGAUGCCACAAACAACUGGCUCUGGCAACUCGCCAAGGCCCACGUCUGCUCCAAUGAUGCUGGGGUCCACCAACUUGUCAACCACUGGUUGAGGACACAUGCGUGCUUGGAGCCCUUCAUAAUAGCUGCGCAUCGACAACUAAGCGCGAUGCAUCCAAUCUUCAAGCUGCUCAAGCCCCAUAUGCGUUACACCCUUGAGAUCAAUGCUCUUGCUCGCCAAAUCCUCAUCAGUGGUGGUGGAGUCAUCGAGUCUGGCUUCACCCCUGGAUCAUGUUGCAUGGAGAUGAGUGUCUCCUUCUAUCGGGAUCACUGGCGUUUCGACCGAGAGGGCCUCCCUGCCGAUCUCAUUAGAAGAGGCAUGGCAAUAGAGGACCCUAGCCAACCCCAUGGGCUAAAGCUUCUCAUAGAGGACUACCCCUACGCCAACGAUGGCCUCCUCCUUUGGUCCGCCCUCCAGGCCUGGGUCCGGACCUACGUCCACGCCUACUACCCGAACCCCCACGUCGUCCAAGCCGACCCCGAGCUCCAAGCCUGGUACGCCGAAGCCGUCCGCGUGGGCCACGCCGACAAGAGCGGCGCCGACUGGUGGCCCCGGCUCAGCUCCCCCGCCGACCUUGCCUCCCUGCUCACCACCCUCCUCUGGCUCGCGUCGGCUCAGCACGCCGCGCUCAACUUCGGGCAGUACCCGCUCGGCGGCUACAUCCCGAACCGGCCCCCUCUCAUGCGCCGGCUCGUCCCCGCCGAGGGCGACCCCGAGUACGACAACUUCCUCGCCGAUCCCCACCGAUUUUUUCUCUCCGCGCUCCCGAGUUUGACCCAGGCGACGACUUUCAUGACGGUCAUCGACACGCUCUCGACGCACUCGGAGGACGAGGAGUACCUCGGGGAGCGCCGCGAUUCGUAUACGUGGACAGGGGAUGCCGCGAUGGUGGACGCGUGGCAUACUUUCGCCGCGGAGGUGAGGCGCGCCGAGGAGGAGAUCACGAGGAGGAAUGCUGAGCCGGCGAGGAGAAACCGCUGCGGCGCCGGGGUUUUGCCGUAUGAAUUACUGGCUCCCAGUUCGCCUCCUGGGAUCACGUGCAGGGGAGUGCCCAACAGCGUCUCCAUUUGAGUUGAGAGUUUUUCUUCUUCUUUUUAUUUAACUUGAUAAGUGGCCUUUUUUUUUUUUUAAUGACAAGGAGAGUUUUUGGGCUAUUUCUGUGUAGUAUAGUGUAGUGUAAAUAUACAAUAAGGCUGUUUGUAUAUGGAAGAGCCAAGACAUGGAUAUCAUGAUAGCAAUGUAAUUAGUGGUGGGCAAGCAUUGUUUGCCAUGUAUUAUUCUAAAAAUGAUGACUACAUUAGUCGGUGAUUAAUUAUCAAAUCCGUUUUAUCCAAAAAA